AUGGAAAAGUGCAAGCUAAAGACUUAAUUACAGUUUAGCUUAUUAAGUAUUAAGUAUGGAGUAUAUGAAGAAACUAUUUACUUUAAUUAUAAUCUCUUUAUAAAAAGAUUAAAUGUUCUUUCUCAUGCUAUUAAUAUAAUCCCCAUAAUUUCUAACUGCUUGAUUUUAUUAAACGCUGAUAGCUUGGAUUGGCUUUGCUUGAUAACAACUGUCUAUAGUUUAUUUCAUAUCAAUCUCACUAAUUUCAUGAAUGCCUAAAUAAAAUAAUAAAGGAGCUCUCAUUUCAUUUUGAUAUUUAUAGAAUCUUUGUUUAUGCUAAUUUAAAUGAUUUUCAGCUACAAAGCUUUACAAUAUUUGGAUCAAGAAGCUGAUACCUAGCUAUUUAACAAUUUUAUAUAAUACACAAUAAUCGUAAUACUCUUUUUUAUGAAAUCUUGUUUGCUUAAUAUAGACACAAGUGUUGUAAAUAUUAUAAUUUACAGUGCUAUGCUUGCAACUAUUUUAGAGUUCGCUUUGAGUGUUUAUAAUAUUUACUAAUACAAGACAAAAGGGCCAUAUGAGAUUUUUUAUUAAAAUUAAAUUGAUUACUAAAAUCACUAAUAAACUAUGGAAGAAAUAGUUAAAAAUAUUGAGAGAGCAUCUUUGUCUCAUUGUGUUUCCGUUGAAUUAGAAAUUAAAAACACUAAUAUAGAAAUAAGGGAGCAUAUUUAUUCAUUUGUAUAAUAUUUUUUAACUUUGCAAAAAAAAGAAAAAAAUGUAAUGCUUAUUGCUCGUAAUAACUCACUAACUAACUAAAUCACAAACUAGAUAAUUAAGACUGUUUUGGUGAAUAAAGGCUAAAAAUUAGAAAUUAAUAUGAAAUAAUUAAAUAUAUUUAAAUACAAUCUAAACCAAAAUAUUUAAGAAGCGAAGAAAUGA